AUGGAUGAGACACUUAUUGCAACCAUCAACAAGCUUCAGGAUGCGUUGGCGCCUCUUGGGGGCGGUUCGCUGUCGCCUGUAGAUUUACCACAGAUUACUGUAGUGGGAAGUCAGUCUAGUGGAAAAUCGUCGGUUUUAGAGAAUAUUGUAGGCCGGGAUUUUUUGCCUCGUGGUACUGGAAUUGUCACCAGAAGACCUUUGGUUUUACAGUUGAUCAAUAGAAGAAGCAAUGUGUCCAAGAGUGGCACUCCAGCGGCCGAAUCGGCCGAUUUGUUGGACAUCAACACCAAAAAUGAUAAGGGAGAACAGUCUGAAAACAACGCAGAAGAAUGGGGAGAGUUUUUGCAUUUGCCCAAUAAGCGGUUCUACAAUUUCGAGGAGAUCAGAAACGAGAUUGUGAGGGAAACUGAUGCGAAAACCGGUAAGAAUUUGGGAAUCUCCCCCAUGCCCAUCAACUUGAGAAUCUAUUCACCUCACGUUUUGACGUUGACAUUGGUAGAUUUGCCCGGUCUCACCAAGGUGCCAGUCGGUGACCAGCCUAAGGAUAUUGAGAAGCAAAUCCGGGAAAUGAUCAUGAAGUUCAUUUCCAAACCGAAUGCCAUCAUUUUGUCGGUGAAUGCUGCCAACACCGAUUUGGCCAAUUCCGACGGUUUGAAGCUCGCACGUGAAGUGGAUCCCGAAGGCUCUAGAACCAUCGGUGUGUUGACCAAGGUCGAUUUGAUGGACGAAGGCACCGAUGUCAUUGAUAUCUUGCUCGGCAGAGUGAUUCCGUUGAAGUUUGGUUACGUGCCAGUGAUUAAUAGGGGUCAGAAGGAUAUUGAGCAAAAGAAGACGAUUCGCCAGGCAUUGGACGACGAAAGAAGAUUCUUUGAGAACCACCCAUCGUACAAGAUUAAGGCCCAUUAUUGCGGUACGCCGUAUUUGGCUAAGCGUUUAAACGGUAUUUUGUUACACCACAUCAGAAGCACGUUGCCAGACAUCAAAAUGAGAAUCGAACACUCGUUGAAGAAAUACCAGAGCGAAUUGGCGUUGUUGGGUCCACAAUUGGAUGAGAGUCCCACCUCCAUUGCCCUUAAUGUCAUCACCAACUUUACCAAGGAUUACAACGGUAUUCUUAGCGGUGAGGCGAAGGAACUCACAUCACAAGAGUUGACUGGUGGUGCCCGUAUCUCUUUUGUGUUCCAUGAGAUUUUCAAGAAUGGUAUAAGUGCGUUGGAUCCAUUUGAUCAAAUCAAGGAUGCAGACAUCAGAACUAUUAUGCACAAUACUUCUGGAUCUGCGCCUUCUCUUUUCGUGGGAACUCAAGCAUUUGAGGUGUUGGUCAAGCAACAAAUCCACCGUAUGGAGGAUCCAUCCGUUCGUUGUAUCAACUUGAUCUUUGACGAGUUGGUGCGGAUUUUGUCUCAAAUCAUCUCUCUGCCUCAAUACUCUCGCUAUCCUCAAUUGAAAGAAAGAUUGUCGCAGUGCUUCAUCCAGUACUUGCGUGAUAAAUUGACUCCAACAAUUGAAUUCGUCACUGAUAUCAUCAAGUCUGAAGAAACUUAUGUGAACACGGCGCAUCCUGAUCUCUUGAAGGGCUCUCAAGCCAUGGCUAUAGUCGAAGAGAAGUUCCAUCCUAAGCCUCAGGUUGCUGUGGACCCCAAGUCCGGAAAGCCAUUGCCUCCUAGCCAGCAACCACCAGCACAACCACAACAGAAGGGAGAUGAUGCCAAUGGAUUCUUUGGAGGAUUCUUCUCGUCGAAGAAUAAGAAGAGACUCCAAGCCAUGGAAGCUCCUCCACCUAUCUUGAGAGCGACCGGAACCAUGACUGAACGUGAAACGAUGGAGACCGAAGUGAUCAAAUUGCUUAUUCUGUCGUACUACAACAUUGUCCAAAGAACAGUGGCAGACAUAGUGCCCAAGGCCAUCAUGUUAAAGUUAAUCAUUAAGUCCAAGGAGGAAAUCCAGAAGGAGUUGUUAGAGAGAUUAUACAAUGCCCCUGAUUUGGACAAGCUCGUGCUUGAGAACGAAUUAACGGUGCAAAGGAGAAAGGAGUGCUUGAAUAUGGUGGAAGUUUUGCGCAGUGCGAGUGAGAUCGUGUCCAGUGUUUGA